AUGUGGGCGGGCAAGUCGACCUACAUCAAUGUCACGUUCGAUAGCAGUUCGCAAGGCCAGCUGGCGAUGGUAAUAUAUGAAUGGCGCGACAUGCAUUACCUCGGGAAAGUCACAUCCACCGUGAACGACUUACCGAAAACAUACGUAUGUACCUCCGACGCCGUGCGCGGUGGUUUCUGUUCGACCUCGCAGCUGGGGAGAUUCAUUAUCGACUUGCCCGAAGGCAAGUCGUUGAACGACACAAGCUUCUGGUCGGCUCGCGUGAGCUUCUCAGCCAAUGGGUCCUCCUCGUCGGAUGUCUCUUCAAAUGGCCUCUGGGACAAUCCGGAGGGAAACCCGACACCGCCGCCCAGCAACAACACCUCUCCUUGGAGGCGGCGAGAUGUGGACACGAACGGCAGGCGUCAAGACAGUUCAGCCCUCAACCCAAGCCCCGAUGGUAUCCUCUCCUAUCAUGAGCCCCUCCAAUACAAAGUGCGCAAGACAGGAUACUACUGCGUUGCUGUUGUCCCGGUCACGGUGUUGUCCAACUCUGCCCGCCAAGCACCAACCGACGUUCCCUUCCAUCCUACUUACACCGGAUCUGUCUUCUUCCGCAACAAAUUCGACGGCAAACUGCCCGCUACUGAUUAUCCCAAGGUCAACUUCUAUCUCGCAAUGUUCAUCAUCUACACUGUCCUAGCUGUUGGAUGGGCAUGGUUAUGUUUCAAAAACUUGCAGGACUUGCUUCCGAUUCAGUACUACUUGUCUAGCCUACUAGGUUUCCUGAUCAUCGAGAUGGUUGCCGACUGGGCAUACUAUCGUUACCUGAAUGCCCAUGGAAAAGGCGCAGCCGCUACUGUAUUCCUCAUCGUCGUCGCCAUUUUUGAUGCCGGCCGGAACGCUCUCUCCUUCUUCCUCCUAUUGAUUGUAUCAUUGGGCCUUAGCGUCGUCCGCGAGUCCCUCGGCAAAACUAUGUUCAAGUGCCAAGCCCUUGCCGUAGCGCAUUUCCUCUUCGGAGUUGUCUAUGCCAUUGGCAUCGUAGAGCUCGAGCUGGAGUCAACCUCCGCUUUCGUCCUGCUCAUCUUUGUCAUUCCCCUCGCUUUCACGCUGAGCGGUUUCCUACUCUGGAUUCUCUACGCUCUCAACGCGACGAUCGCACAACUUGCCGCCCGUAAGCAGCGGUAUAAGCUCUCGAUGUUCACAUGGUUGUACCGUAUCCUGCUCGUGACUGUCCUUGUGAUUGCGAUAUUCUUCGUCGUCUCGUCUCUCACAUUCUCAGGACGCCUCGCGGAAGACUACGGUGCCAAGUCAUGGAAGGUCCAGUGGUGGCUGCUAGAUGGCUGGCUAGCACUGCUGUUCCUUGUCGACUUCGUUGCCAUCGCCUGGCUAUGGCGUCCCUCCGUCAACAACAGAAGAUACGUGGUGCUCCUCUUAACUUCUAGGUCGUGUGCUUACCUUCUGGUAAUAUCUACAUUAGCAAUGUUCGACGAGCUCGCGCAGGCCGACGAGGACGCUGAAGACUACGACCUCGAAGCGUUGGAGCACCGGAUGGACGGACGCGGAGACAUUGACGACGACGCCGCUACUCUCGUUGGUCGUGGAGGCGGCUCACUCGCUGAAGAUGCGGUCGUAUUCGACAUCGGAGAGGAAGAGGCGCACGACGGCAGCGACGAUGAAGACGACGUGAACGCCAAAAAACGGAGGGCUGCCCUCCAGCGCCACGAGGGCGACGACCACGAGCGGGAAGGGUUGAUGAAGGACGAGUAG